AUGGCGAACCCCCUCACCCGCAUGCCGACCGUUUUUGUGGCACAUGGCAGCCCCAUGGCUGCCCUGGAGACCGGCCAGAGCAGCCAGGUCUGGGCGCGACUCGGCAAGGAGCUUCCCCGGCCACGGGCCAUCCUCUGCAUCUCCGCACACUGGGAGACCCAGGGCACGCGCGUGACCUCCAUGGCCCACCCCCCGACCAUUCACGACUUCCGGGGCUUCCCCCCGGCCCUGUACGACAUGCAGUACCCCGCCCCGGGGGAUCCCGCCCUGGCCAGGGAGAUUGCUCGGGAAACAGGCGCCCAGCUGGACGACGGCUGGGGCCUGGACCACGGCUGCUGGACGCUGCUACACCACAUGUACCCAGAGGCCGGCAUCCCCGUCCUCCAGCUGAGCCUGGACACCGCCAAGACCGCGGCGGAGCACCUGGCCAUGGGCCGGCGCCUGCGCCCGCUGCGCGACCGGGGGGUCCUGGUGCUCGGAUCCGGCAACGUGGUGCACAACCUGAGGCAGGGACUGGGCGCACACCCGCCCCCAGCCUGGGCCACGGCUGUCAACUCCCAGGUGCGGAGCUGGGUGAGGGAGGGGCGGGAGGGGGAGCUGGUGCGCUGGCGGGAGAAGGGGCCGGACUUCCGGCUGGCCAUCAACUCCGGCGAGCACUUCCUGCCGCUGCUGUAUGUCCUGGGGGCGGCCCAGGAGGGCGAGCAGGUGGAGGUCUUCAACGACCGCCUCGAGAUGGGCAGCAUAGCCAUGACCUCCUACAAGUUUGGCUGA